CCACACACCCCCUAAGUUUUAACAGGGCUCCAUUCCCUACCUCUCUCCUCUUAGUUAUUUCACUGAAGCGCACUUAACGUUCUCCAUUGCAGCGCAGUUCACGUUCUCCGUUGAAGGCUUGAAGCGCAGUUCGUUGAAUCUAAUUCUUGUAUCCCCCAUUGAAGCAGCUUCUAAGGCAUAAUGGAGGUAGAUGAAGAGAAUCCUUCUUCUGCUUCAGUUGCUGAACCAACUCCUCCAGGAACUGAUACUGAGAUGCUGGCUACUUCUGAACCAGCUACUGAUAUCAUGGGUCCUGCUACUCUUACAUCCCCUAUGAUUACACCGCCUGCUGUCCCGCUAUCAGCUCCUUCUGCAGUCGCCCCUUUGUCAGCUCCACCUCCGGUGCUGGUCCCAUCAAUCGCGCCUCUUCCUCCUGCAACAUCUAGACCAUUAGCCCCUCUCCCUGCCCGUCCUUCCCUUACUCAAAAUGGUGAGGCAAAGGAAUCGGAUUCUGAGGAUGAUGACCAGGGUUCAGAAAUGGAUGCGCAAGAUUCCUCUGUUGGGUAUGAAAUUACAGAGGAGAGUCGGGCUGUUAGGGAACGUCAGGAGAAAGCGAUGAAGGAAUUCAUGAUGAAAAGACGCGCUGCUGCUUUAGCUGUCCCCACAAAUGACGUAGCUGUGCGGACUAGGCUUCGGCGGCUUGGUGAACCCAUUACUCUCUUUGGGGAGAGAGAGAUGGAAAGAAGGGACCGGCUGCGGAUGCUUAUGGCUAAGCUUGAUGCUGAAGGGCAAUUGGAAAAGCUUAUGAAAGCCCAUGAAGAAGAGGAAGAAGCAGCUUCAGCUAAGGAUGAGGUCGAUGAAGAAAUGUUUCAGUACCCAUUUUAUACAGAGGGGACCCAAGAAUUGUUGGAGGCUCGGAAGUUUAUAGCGAAGUUCUCUAUUGUUCGAGCAUCUCAGCAUCUGCAGCGUGCAAGAAGGAAAAGAGAUGAUCCAGAUGAAGAUGAAGAUGCUGAAGUUGAUUGGGCUCUUAGACAGGCAGAGACUUUUGUUCUUGAUUCUAGUGAGAUUGGUGAUGACCGCCCACUCGGGGGUUGUUCGUUUUCAAAAGAUGGGAAUUUUCUUGCUACCUGUUCUUCUAGUGGAGUUGCUAAGAUAUGGAGUAUGCCUGAAGUGAAGAGGGUCUCUGCCUUGAAGGGACACACUGUGCAUGCUACUGAUGUUGCAUUUUCUCCUGUAAGUGACAUUGUAGCAACUGCCUCUGCUGAUCGUACUGCAAAGUUGUGGAAUACAGAUGGUACAUUAGUGAGAACAUUUGAAGGUCAUUUAGAUCGCUUAGCUCGUAUUGCCUUCCAUCCAUCCGGAAAGUACUUGGGCACCACAAGUUUUGACAAAACUUGGCGUCUAUGGGAUAUUGAAAGUGGUGCAGAGUUGCUUCUUCAAGAAGGCCAUAGCAGGAGUGUUUAUGGCAUAGCUUUUCAUCUAGAUGGAUCCUUGGUAGCAUCCUGUGGACUGGAUUCUCUCACACGUGUCUGGGAUCUUCGAACAGGAAGAAGUGUUCUCGCUUUGGAAGGACACAUCAAACCUGUCUAUGGGGCUGAUUUUUCUCCUAAUGGCUAUCAUUUGGCCACCGGCUCCGAAGAUAAUACCUGCCGAAUCUGGGAUUUGAGAAAGAAAAAGUCCUUGUACAUAAUCCCCGCCCAUUCUAAGCUUAUUUCAGAGGUCAAAUUUGAGCCCCAAGAGGGAUAUUACUUGGUCACUUCUUCAUACGAUACAACUGUUAAGGUAUGGUCAUCUCGAGACUUCAAGCUUAUCAAGACUUUAUCCGGAUGUGAAUCAAGAGUCACAUCCGUAGAUAUUACAGGAGAUGGACAAUGCAUUGCUACAGUUGGACAUGAUCGAACAAUUAAGCUCUGGUCAAGCAGUGUCCCCUCUGAAGAAAAGUCGAUGGACCUAGGCUAAGGGUCAGUUUAGCAAUUUUGUAUUAGCUGAUCUGACAAUAGGUUUUUGUAGAUUGCAAAAUCUGCUUGUAUUAGAUUGCAAAAUCUGCUUGUAUGAAACAUGUUAAAACAGUUAGCUAUUAGCGGGCUAGUUCAUGAUAGGUGCAGAGUUACAUGAAAGGAAUUUUAUUUUUGUAUCCUACAUUACUAAUCUAUACAAAAAAAUAGUGAUAUUCACUUGGUUA